AGCCACCUCUCCAAAGGCUAUGCGUAUGUCCUCUUCGCCACUCGUGAGGGGGCGGAGGAAGCUUUUCUCCAUGUAGACAAAGGACAGAUUGAUGGGAACGUGGUGAAGGUCGUUUUCGUAACACCUCCCGCACCUCCCGCCGAGAGGCCUCGGAAGGCAGCAGUGCCCAGUGGUACAAGCAGUGUCGGUGAUCGUUGCGUAGCCCGUCAUCAUCGAGUUCCUCAUCAUCUGCGUCUGGCCUCUCUUCCGAUACUGAUGGUCGACGCACACGUCGCAGAAGAGGUCGCUCAAGAUCUGGGGGAGAGCGGCGG